CGAUUAUAUAAUAAAUUAUAUAUCUGAUUUUUACUUAAAUUCGAGCUUUAACAAUCGUUGCACCUUCGACGACAGUAUGAACGUACCACUCGUAGCCCUCACCAAGGAUCCCAAGAUGAAGAAGUCACAGAAGAAGUCAUCAAUGGUGGCCGUUCCCAAGAUGUCGCAGAAACCACAGAAGGCAGCACGUCUAUUUCAGCCAAAGGUGGAGAACAAGAUUACUUUGACCACUCCAUUGACUGCACCCAAAAAGGAACGGGUGAAGGACAUCAAGGUGGCAGAUCCUCUUGAGAAGGAAGUAGAGUCAGUAUUCGUUACAGUACCGAAAAACAAACUUUGCAAAACCAGACGCAAUCGUCCUGGUGACCGACUCUUUGAUCGCCGUUCCGGAUCGAAACGCACUGGCGUAAAGGCGGUGGAAAAACGCAAUGGAGCCGGGGCCCACAACUGGGGAUCCAUCCAGCAGGAGAUCGACUUGCGUCAGAGGACCAAUUUGCGCACCUUCGAAGGGAUGAAGUUACCAAAGGUAUCGAGUUUCGUCUACGAGUACGAUUCAUCGGAGGAGACCGAACAAUAUACACUCGACGAGUGGCGUGCCAUGCAGGCGCAGAAAAAGCAGGUUUUGAAUAAGUUUAUAAUGUCUGAUUUCGGUACAAAGAAAGAAGUAACAGGGGGUUCUGAAGAAACUGUACGAGCCGAGGGAUCAGGAGACACAGACGACACCAAAGGAUUGGACAAAACAGGAGGAACUGAACAAACAGGAAAUACUGAAACAGGGGAGAGGUCUGCUGGAUCUGGAGAAACAGAAACAGCCGCAGCAUCUGGAGUACCUGACGCAUCUGGAGGAUCUGGAGGAACUGAGGGAUCUGGAGGAUUAGGAGGAUCAGGAGAGCUGGAAGACGAUGGCGAAGAAUUAACCGCUGACCGCCCGUUGUACGUUGUUGAUAUUCUGUUAAAUUUCAACACUGAUCAAGGUGUUAUUCCUUAUCGCUUAAAAUUCAUUUAAUUUGCUUGCGUUUGCGUGUUACAUAGUAUUAAAUCGUUCAAAAUUAAAU